AUGCAUAAGAACAAUAUCACUUCUGUCUUUCUCCUGGGAUUUCCCAAUCUUCACAGCCUUAACAUUCUAUUGUUCUUGUUCCUGCUCCUCCUUUACUGUGUCACUAUAUGUGGUAAUAGUAUCAUCAUUGUAUUAGUUUCAAUGAGCAAAAACCUUCACUCUCCAAUGUAUUUCUUCAUCACACAAGUAUCUUUUGUGGACAUUCUGAUGACCAUGGACAUUGUUCCUAACUUACUUCACAUUGUCCUGCAUGAUGGUGGCUCCAUGUCUCUUGCUGCCUGUUUAUCACAGAUGUCUGUGGGUGCUAAUACAGAGUCAUCGCAAUGUCUCAUCCUAACGGUGAUGUCUUAUGACCGAUAUAUGGCUAUCUGUAACCCACUGCGUUAUAAUGCUAUAAUCAACAAAACAUUUUGUGUUAAAUCUGUUAUUGCAUCAUGGUUAGUAACUAUUUUGUUGAUGUUAAAUAUUGAAAUAGAUAUAUACAAAAGUGACUUCUGUGGACCAAAUAUUAUUGACCAUUUUUUCUGUGAUUUUGCUCCUGUUUUAAAGCUUUCUUGUUCAGAUAUGUCACUUAUUCAAAUCCAGGUAGCUGUAUUGUCUGUUAUUGCUAUCAUCUGCCCAUUCACAAUGAUCAUUGUAUCUUAUGUGUACAUUAUCACAACCAUUCUAAGCAUCCGCUCUAUCAGCGGGAGACAGAAAGCCUUCUCCACCUGCAGCUCCCACCUGACUGUUGUGUGUAUAUUUUAUGGGACUCUCCUUUCUGUAUAUCUGGUUCCAGCCAAGGAGCAAAUAUCUGCUACCAGCAAGGUAUUAUCACUGCUUUAUACUGUUGUGACACCAUUAGUUAACCCAUUCAUAUACAGCCUGAGGAAUAAGGACUUCAAGGAAGCUUUUGAAAAAUGUACACGUACAAUAAUUUGA